AUGGUCCCCGAGGUAGCCGAUGUUGCGGGUGGCCAGCCCGUACUCAUCUACCAGGCAUCACCGAGCCCAUGUGACAACCCUUUCGGACUCACUGCUUCUCCCGGCCCAGUUCACCUUUUGCACAUUUCCUGCUGGCGGAAGAACGAGUUUGAUGGCAAGACUAUCUACGAAUUUGUCAACAAGUUCAUGGACAAGGCUAUUGCUGAGGCUAAGAGCGUCAGCGUCUUCAAUGAAUAUGGCUUCUCAGAUUUACCCAUCUAG